UCGCGGCAGUCUGUUACGAGUCCGGGUCCCAAGAGAACUGAUGGGUUCCUCGGCCAAGAAAAAGCGGGAGAAGAAGGCCGAUUUUGCGAAACCAAAGCUCAAAGUCGGAAAAGCACGACCAAAAAACACGAAUGCGACCGACACCAACUUCGCGGCCAAGUCCAUUGUGCUCAAGCAGCAGUCGUUGCGUGAAGGCCCGCGCGACGCUUCUGCGCUAUUCGCCCACAAUCUUUCCCUUUUAAGCAGCCGCAAUGACACGCAGAGGAGAGAUGCGCUCAUCUAUCUCAUUACUGCUGUCGCAUCUGCGCCCAGCGCAUCUCUACCGAAGCCAGCGUCUGAGGUCCUGGCCAAGGCCAGUCCGUUAAUACUCGACGGAAGCUCGACGGUCCGUAGCCAAGUUCUGAAACUCCUCAAGGUGUUACCCAUCGCGCAGCUGGGGAGCUUGGAACAAACAGUACUCUACACCAGGGCUGGUCUCACGCACCUCUCGAGUGAUAUCCGCCUGAUGGCAUUGGACGUACUGGACUGGUUGAUCCAUACGAGCGGAGAGGCAGUUGUCAGCCAAGCAGGAGGGUGGGUGAAGACACUGCGCACUUUCCAGAACCUGCUAUCAUGGCAAGGCACGACUGCCAGCGGCACGAUUCAAAAUGGAAAUUGGUCUGCUACAAAGACGACGACGAAUCUUGGCAGCAACAAGCUUUUAGUACAUCAGCUGACAACCUUGGCACGGUUCAUGACUGCUGGUCUGUCCCGUACACCACCGGAUUUCAAGUCCGAAGCAUGGAGGACUGCAGCACUCUUCCCCCUCUGGCAUGCAGACGCCCACCGAAUACCGAAGAAGAGCAACCCGUAUGGCUAUCUCAAUUUGUUCGGGGCGCCGCGCGACCUCGAGAGCGAAGUCUAUGACGACGCAGAAGAGAGAAUGAACGUAUUUGUGGACUUGAACCUGUAUGGCGCAUUCCAGUUUGGAGUGCAGGAGGCCAAACGGGAGGGGGGUGAGAUAGGCAGAGCCGCCAGUGCAGUUGUCAAGGCGCUCAGUCUUGUUGAGGCGAGAUGAGCGGUGCGUCAGGAUCUGAUGGGCACAGCAGUGCCACGCAAGGCUCUGCCUGUAGUCAUGGGUCGGCACCUUAUCAAUGCUUUCACGAUGUUGCAGCAAAGUAUCCAAAUCUCACGCUCAUGCCUCUUGCACUGCACUGGCUUGUUGUGCACCAGAGCGUACUCGGAGCUCGACUGCUGUUUCUCUCGAAGAAGGAAAAGAAAGGCGUUCGUGAGUCUCACGAGUGCGGUGAUGGGGAGUCAGCUGAUAGACUUUGCCGACAUGACAACGAUCAUGGUCAUCACGCUUCUGGACGCGUCGAGGCCUGUGAGAAUAUCGUAAAUGACGGGAUAAAUGUCAAUGGCGGGGCGUGACGACCAGGGAUAUAUGGUGUUAUUUUCGGUAAAGCUUGUGAUAACGAAUACCAGGUCUUGCAAUAAGCUGCUGUGCAUCUGCGCCACAGACACAGCCAGCACACUGCAGCUGUGUUCUCUCACACCUGGGAGCGUGAAACACGCUGAUUCAUUGCAAGUCUAGGACGGACCAGAUGCUCCCACGAGGCAAGACUCUGCAAUUAGCAUGAGGCGUCUCGUUGGAUCAAUGCGUCACGAGUCAUCUCUGCGAUGCCAUAGCACUUUUGUUGCUCGAAGCGCUGAAGUCGUGAGCGCGCGCAGAGAGUCGUUCGCGGAAAGGCGAGCACGUGGCUCAUCUUCAAUCUCCCAAGUAGGUAGGUAUUUGCAGUAAACUCUGUCAGCGAUGAAAAUAUUGAGAUGAGUGGAC